CAAAAGUAUUGAAACGAGGAGCUUGUGGGAGGAAAAGCAUCAUUGCAUCAAGAGUCGGAGCAAAUAAACGAGACGCUGCCGGAAUCCGGAUACACCUCUUCCACGGCCAAACCACAACUCCUAGCUCCGACUCUCCGGCGGGUUUGAUCUGACCCGGCUACAUUCACUGCUCAACAUCCCGCCACUGCCGGAAACAAAACUUCACCCCAAACAAAGCCCCGCACCCUUCUCUUCUAACUGUUAACACCACCGGAGCCUGUGUUUAUCCGGUUAUCCUUAUCCCUGUCGCAUCCAUUCUUCUUCUCCGGUUUCAAUACGACAGGCGGAGACCUGUUCGAGGCUGUCCUGCGCCCAACACGGCGCAAUUACUGAUUGGCGAGGCCGUUAUUGUUCGGGGAAUGCAUAAUGCGAUAGUAGCCAGAGUUUCGUAUGACCUUUGUUGAAAUAUCAAACGGGUGGUUCUCUGAUUUAUUUUGAGGAAUUGAAAUCACACGAGAUGAGCAGAUCUCCGUCAUUCUCAGUGAAGUCGGAGCCUAAUCUGAAGGUUGAUGAUGAAUUAUUGCAACAAUGGGUUGUUGCCUUUUGCAUCAUCAGGUUCGAUCUUGAACAAGGACAACUCAUUGAAGAGUGCUACCCGCCAGGUGCUUUGACCCAAAGUGAGGAGCUUCAAGUUUCUUUUAGUUCGUUUCCAGACUCUGUUUCUCAAUAUCAUAAUCGCUCAAGCAUCCACGAUUCCAUCUUUUUCUUCCGCUUCCGCAGACAGCAGGUUUCUCAGUUGUCACCUGAGAUCGUUGAGGUUGACAGGGUUCAAGCAUCUAAAAGUUUGUUGGGCGGUGAGUUCCCUAAAACAAUAACGAGAACUAACCAUAUAGCUGAAUCGCGAUACCUGUACGGGUUUGUAUUUAAUAGACAGAGGCAUGAUGAGAGGCUGAAGCGUGGUGGUGAGCAAAAAUCAGUGGUGAUUCUCUCACAUAGUCCAUUCUCAAGUGUGUUUAGACCUUUGUUGCAAAUAUUGGGACCGUUGUAUUUUGAUAUUGGACAGAAAGCCCUUCAUUACGUUGCUUCUUAUGUGUCAACGUGGUCUUCUCCUGCACCUGGUCAGUUGAUGGAUCUUCCCAUUGGAAAUGCUACCCUAAAAGUGACAUUGCCAUCUGCCCAUUGUUUGCCCCUAGAUGGUGGUGGAGUAUUCUUUGAAGAGUUGCUAUCAUCUGUAGCUCCUUCCCUGCAGCCUUCCAAUCAGUCAGUUCCACACGGACUGUUUCAUGAUUCGGAUCUGUUUGGCAUUUUCAGAGGGCUCUUAAUGCAGGUAUGGAAGCUGUGGGAACUGCUACUCAUUGGAGAGCCUAUUCUUAUCAUUGCUCCAACUCCUCCUCAGUGUUGUGAAGCAGUUUCUGGUCUGGUUAGUUUGGUUUCUCCCCUUCUUUGUAGUAUUGAUUUCCGGCCUUAUUUUACCAUCCAUGACGCAGAAUUUGCUCAUUUAAACACCCUGCCAGAGGGUGCUACAUUUCCUCCGAUGGUUUUGGGUGUCACCAAUCUAUUUUUCUUGAAAGCCCUUCGCAAUAUGCCUCACAUUGUGUCAGUUGGAAGAACUGCCCCCAACUCAAACCGACUGUCACUUGGCAAUAGUUCCUCUCCAGGGAUGAACAUGAAGAAGUUUACGCCAUUGAACUUUUUGAAUGCUGUGAAGAUGAAGAGGGAGGGCCCUCUUUGUCUGAUGACAGAGCACAAAGAAGCAGUUUGGACCACAUACACUGCCAUCACAAAACCAGACACUUCAAUCUUGAACAGGCUGAUUGAUGCAGGAGUUUCACCCCGUGUAGAGGAAUCAAUGUCUCUUGUUAACAAUGAGAUCUUGCGCCGUCAUUUCUUGGAGCUCACGACCAACUUUUUGUCCCCAUUUGCCCCAUAUUUCAGGGUAACCACACCUUCUGAAGGAUUAUCCCCAUUUCUUGAUCCUCCUUCCCUUCCUUCUUUCAAUGACGAGGAAUUCCUUUCAAUCUUAUCAGCACGAGGACCUGGAAAAUUUUUACUGAAGAGGAUGACUUCAAACUGGCUGGAUUUAUACAGGAGGUUUCUAAAGGGGCAUAACUUUAUUCCAUGGUUUCAAAGAAAGCGUGCCAUUGCUGAACAUGAACAGUAUAGGUUAUGGAGGCAAGCAAGAAUGAAGACUGACAUAAAAGAAGUAAUAUCUCAAAUGUCUGAGUUGGAGAUAAUUGAUGCUUUCAAUGCAAUUGAAAGAAAUCUUGUCAGGGAGAUGCAGCACUGCAGGAGCAGUAAUGCAGACUCGGGUUCCACUUGUCACAAGCUAAAGGGGGAUCUCCAAGCGGUAUUCAGUGUUCUCUCCCUGGACAUUCAGCAUCUCAUGCUAAUGAAUCCUGAAAGAGCUGCUCUCCUCAAAGGCAGUCAUGAAGGUUCAUAGCACUUCCACCCACUUUGCCAUCUACAUGACUGAAACAUAAGCGUUUUGAGCCCUGGUCGUGAAGCAAUUAUGUCUUUCAUCCACUGCUGCUGAAAGAUAUAUAUGGAGCAAUUCUUCACAUUCUCUUCCUGACUGUCAUUCAUUCGAGCUAACCAAUUCAUAGAUUGCUCUCCCAUUCAGAUUUAAGCAGCUGUGGGAGAUUUCUUGUUCAACUAAACCAUCCGGAAAGCGGAAAUGACAGAGAUCAUAUGCUUUUGCAGUGUUAUGAUUAGAUUUAACAUGCCAUGGAGGCUUUAUGUACCGAAAGCAGAGAAGUUACAAUUGGACCUUGGCGUCCUUCAGUGUACAUUCACCUGACCCGCACUGUCACAUAAUUAAGACAAAGAGGUCGGCUCAACUUUAUUAGUGAAUGAAAGGGAGUAGGGUGAGCAUCUUUGCUUAAUUAUUACAGUAUUCCCGGGUCCUUUUAUUGAUAAGUUUGCACUUGGUAAACUUAGGGAUGUAACACACCCCACCCCCACCCCCCGAAAAUGAACGAAUUUCAGCAAAAAGUGCAUUCAAGUAAGAAAAUACUAAGGAAGUAGAAUUGCGGAUUUUCCUUUUCCUGCUUGAAUAUUGCUUAACAUUUGUGACCUUGCUCUGUGGACUUUUAUGCAAAAUAAAGCUGAUGAUUUUAAUGCA